CGCGAUGAUUCGUGGGGCGCAGCUAUACGCCGUUCGAUGGAUCGCAUCCACGGCCGUCGACGCACCAGCCGACAUCGACAAACUCUGCGCGGCAGUCCCCGACGAGUUGGCGACUUUGAUUCGCAAGCACGCCGACAUCUUUCUGGACGACCUACCGCUAGGAUUACCACCAGAGCGAGACCACGACCAUACCAUCCAAUUGGAGCCCGGCGCGCAACCGACGGUUCGGACACAGUGGCGGCUGAAUCAACCAGAGCUGGAGGAACUUCGACGCCAGCUGGAUUAUCUGCUCGAGAAGGGUUUCGUUCGCCCCAGUACUUCCCCGUUCGCAGCUCCGAUCCUAUUCACCCCGAAGAAAGAUGGCGGUCUACGAAUGUGCAUCGACUACCGCGCCUUGAACCGGGUUACAAUAAAGUCUCGCUAUCCUAUUCCGCGCGCCGACGAACUCAUCGACCAACUUCGUGGGGCAAAGUUCUUUUCGAAAAUUGACCUGCGAGGCGGUUACCACCAGAUCCGUGUCAACGAAGCUGACUGCUACAAGACGGCGUUCCGAACCCGAUACGGGAGUUACGAGUACACGGUCAUGCCUUUUGGCUUAACCAACGCACCUUCAACAUUCCAGUUAACCAUGAACGAAGUUUUUCGGCCGCUGCUGGAUAAAUGCGUCAUUGUGUACCUCGACGACAUCCUGAUCUACAGCACUACCCGGGAACAGCAUUUGAAGGAUUUGGAAGCAGUCUUCUCUCUUCUGCAGCAGCAUCGACUCAUCACCAAGGGUUCUAAGUGCGAGUUUCUGAAACAAGAACUGGAGUUUUUGGGCCACGUUAUCUCCAUCAACGGUGUUAAAAUCGACCCGAAAAAAAUCGCGACCAUCCAAGACUGGAAGCCGCCGGCUAAUCUUCGCGAACUUCAAAGUUUCCUGGGGUUUGUGAAUUACGUUCGACGGUUCAUCCCAAACAUGGCGGAGGUAACUUCCCCUCUCACGGAUCUUCUGAAAAAAGGCAAGUUUUAUGAGUGGGGGGGAGAGCAGCAGGCUGCGUUCGACCAACUCAAACUUUUCCUGACAACACCUCCGGUCCUUCGCAUUGCAGAUCCUCACCGUCCGUUCGAACUCAUCACCGACGCUAGCGACCUGGCUGUGGGCGCCGUACUGUUACAGGACUUCGGCGAAGGCCUUCAACCCAUCGCCUACGAGUCACGAAAGCUGAAUCCGGCCGAGCGAAAUUAUCCCGUCCACGACAAGGAGUUACUCGCCGUCCGUACCGCCGCUCUACUGAUACAGGAGGCACACGACUCGAAUUUCUCGGGUCACUACGGCAUCGACAAAACUGCCAAAUUACUGAGCCGCAAUUAUUACUGGCCCGAUUUAUCGACGGACGUGCAGCAGUACGUCACCUCCUGCGCCACGUGUCAACGCAUGAAGUCGUCACGACUUCGACGUGCGGGAUUACUGCAGCCGCUCGAGCCACCCAGCCGACCCUGGCAACAAGUGACGAUGGAUUUCGUCACUAGCCUGCCAGCUGGUCCAAGCGGUAAUGACGCGAUUCUCGUCGUCGUUGACCGUUUGACCAAAAUGGCACACUUCGCCGCCUGCAAGACGACAAUCACUGCCGAGCAGACAGCAAAGCUAUUUCUCACGAACAUCGUGCGACUACACGGCAUCCCUUCGGCCAUCAUCAGCGAUCGCGACACUCGGUUCACGUCCAAUUUCUGGACAAAAACCUGGCAGCAGUACGGCACACGUCUGCAUCUGUCCACGGCAUACCACCCGCAAUCGGACGGCCAGACUGAGCGCACCAAUCAGACGAUGGAACAGCUGCUUCAUACAACGUGCACAGACCCGUCCCAAUAGGAAGAUUCUCUUCCACUGAUCGAGU